AGCGGCUACCUGGGAUUGGCAGGCGCUGCAGUGAGUGACAGACUAGGGGGCGAGCUGCGCGACCAGCGGUUUGUUUUUCGGAGCGUUCCUGAGGUGGAGAACGGUGGCCGGACGGAGCGACUGCGGGACUGAGAGACUGGCGGGCGGGCGGGCCGAGCGGCGCCGCCGAGGCCGGGCUGGGCCGAGCCGAGGAGCGCCGGGGAUGUAGCGGGCCACCCUGCCCAUGCCACAGCGCCCGGCCGCGGGCGGAGCCGGAGCCGGAGCCUGGGGAGGCGGCGGGGGCCCCGAGCGCAGCCCGCGCCCCCCGCGCGGAGCCAGGCCCGCUGCCGUCCCCGCCGCCCGGGCCCCCGGCAUGCAGCUCCGGCUGCGGAGGUGACACUCGGGCCCGAGCCGCCGCCGCCGCCAUCGCCACCAUGGAUGAACAGGAGGCUUUGAACUCAAUCAUGAAGGAUCUGGUGGCCCUCCAGAUGAGCCGACGUCCCCGGGUGCCUGGAUAUGAGACCAUGAAGAGCAAAGACACCGGUCACCCAAAUAGGCAGAGUGACGUCAGAAUCAAGUUUGAGCACAACGGGGAGAGACGAAUUAUAGCAUUCAGCCGGCCUGUUAGAUACGAAGAUGUGGAACACAAGGUGACAACAGUGUUUGGGCAGCCUCUUGAUCUUCAUUACAUGAACAAUGAGCUUUCCAUCCUGCUGAAGAACCAAGAUGAUCUUGAUAAAGCAAUUGACAUAUUAGACAGAAGCUCCAGCAUGAAGAGUCUUAGGAUAUUGCUGCUGUCACAGGACAGAAACCAUACCAGUCCCUCUCCCCAUUCUGGAGUGUCCAGGCAAGUGCGGAUCAAAGCUUCCCAGUCUGCAGGAGAUAUAAAUACCAUCUACCAGCCCCCCGAGCCCAGAAGCAGGCACCUGUCUGUCAGCUCCCAAAACCCUGGACGAAGCUCACCUCCCCCUGGCUAUGUGCCUGAGCGGCAGCAGCGCAUUGCCCGGCAGGGGUCCUACACCAGCAUCAACAGUGAGGGGGAGUUCAUCCCAGAGACCAGUGAGCAGUGUAUGUUGGAUCCUCUGAGCAGUGCUGAAAAUUCCUUGUCAGGAAGCUGCCAAUCCUUGGACAGGUCAGCAGACAGCCCAUCCCUCCGGAAAUCGAGAAUGUCCCGAGCCCAGAGCUUCCCUGACAACAGACAGGAGUUCUCUGAUCGGGAAACUCAGCUGUAUGACAAAGGGGUCAAAGGUGGAACCUACCCCCGGCGCUACCACGUGUCUGUGCACCACAAGGACUACAACGAGGGCAGAAGAACAUUUCCCCGAAUACGGCGUCAUCAAGGCAACCUCUUUACCCUGGUGCCCUCCAGCCGUUCCCUGAGCACAAAUGGCGAGAACAUGGGUCUAGCAGUGCAGUACCUGGACCCCAGAGGGCGCCUGCGGAGUGCGGACAGUGAAAAUGCCCUCUCUGUGCAGGAGAGGACUGUGCCAACCAAGUCUCCUAGCGCCCCCAUCAAUUGGCGCCGUGGGAAGCUCCUGGGCCAGGGUGCUUUCGGCAGGGUCUAUUUGUGCUACGAUGUGGACACAGGACGUGAACUUGCUUCCAAACAGGUCCAGUUUGACCCAGACAGCCCUGAGACAAGCAAGGAGGUGAGUGCCCUGGAGUGUGAGAUCCAGCUGCUGAAGAACCUGCAGCACGAGCGCAUAGUGCAAUACUACGGCUGCCUGCGGGACCGCGCCGAGAAGACUCUGACCAUCUUCAUGGAGUACAUGCCAGGGGGCUCAGUGAAAGACCAGUUGAAGGCCUAUGGAGCUCUGACAGAGAGUGUGACCCGCAAGUAUACCCGGCAGAUCCUGGAGGGCAUGUCCUACCUGCAUAGCAACAUGAUCGUUCACCGAGACAUCAAGGGAGCCAACAUCCUCCGAGACUCUGCCGGGAAUGUGAAGCUGGGGGACUUUGGGGCCAGCAAGCGCCUGCAGACCAUCUGCAUGUCAGGCACGGGCAUGCGCUCAGUCACGGGCACACCGUACUGGAUGAGCCCUGAGGUGAUCAGCGGUGAGGGCUACGGAAGGAAGGCAGACGUGUGGAGCCUGGGCUGCACUGUGGUAGAGAUGCUGACAGAGAAACCACCUUGGGCAGAAUAUGAAGCCAUGGCCGCCAUUUUCAAGAUUGCCACCCAGCCCACCAAUCCUCAGCUGCCCUCCCACAUCUCUGAGCAUGGCCGGGACUUCCUGAGGCGUAUUUUUGUGGAGGCCCGCCAGAGACCUUCGGCUGAAGAGCUGCUCACACACCACUUUGCACAGCUCGUGUACUGAGCUCUUAAGGCAUGCUGCGGCCCGCCGCCCCUGUUGCACAGGCAAGGGGCUGCUUUGGGGCUCAGCAAAGCUGCUGCUUCUCCCAGGCAAGGCUGUGGACCAUGGAGCUCCAGUCCAAACAGCGUUUGUCUGUGCCCCUUCCACUGCUGGGGCUCAGAGCCAGGGUGGGUGGCUGCAGCCUCAAGGACUGGGAGCCCCCAGCCUGCUCCAGCAUCCUAAGCUCAGUGUGGAGGGGAAGGGGCUAGGAACAGUGUGCAAAGCACUGAGGGCCUUACCCUCGGGGCUGUGUCCUGACACUGCAGUCGGCACCAGAGCCCCAAGGGUCUGGGGGCACAGGACAGACACAAGGGUCUGAAUAGUGUUACUUUCAUGCAGAGUGUUAUUUUGUUUCUCCUCCCCAUGUCUGGAGACCACCAGGGCAUCUCUGGGCUGAAUGAGCCCACUCAAGCCUGAGGUCAAGCCCAGCAUCCCACAGCCAAUGGAAGGCAGAGGUCCAGGCUGUGCUCUCCCCAGAGCCCCCAGGCCAGCUUUGCCAGUCCCUGUCCUUUACCAAAGAUGAUUGAAGCAAAUGUUAUGCUGCCUUAUUCAGGGAAGGAGGAGCCCAUCCUGCCUGCUCCCAUGACCCUGCGCCCCCUCCCCACCCCCAGCAGGAGCCUGAGAUGUGGAACUGCCCCCACUUUAGGGGGGAGACCCAGUUUUGUCAAUGCAAUUGUCUCUGUUUUACAAGUUGGAGUCACUCUUAUGCUGUACCCAGUUUCUAAACUGGAGACUUUGCGUGCCCUUGGGUUCCGAGUAUCCCUGUUGUGGGCUUGGGCCUUUGAGCUGGAUUGGAAAGAGCUGAAGGUAAUGACCUUUGUGUUCCUGACCUGGCACCUGUCUCCCCACUGGAGCAGAAAGGAAGAUGGACAGCGUGGUGAGGGCAUCUGACCCCGCUGGUCACUCUGAGCCCUGGGCAGGCUCUUCUGGAUGGCCAGGGAAGUUGUAUCGGGUUGUCUGUGAGUCGUGACCAUUCUAGGCCAGAGUCCUCUCCUCCUGGUAGAAGGGAGAGCCCAUAUGAUGUCACCGUGUCCCAAACUACCAUCUCUGUUCCUCCUUGGCCAGCCUUGCCCAUCCCCAUGAGGUCUCAGCCUCUUUCCCUUCUUGGAGGAGGAAUAGUAGCAGGGGUCGGGGAGCCAGUAUCUCCAAGCAGCUUAGAGUUGGCCUUAUUUACCUCAGCCUGGGCGCUGGUCCUUUCUUCCGGCCCCUCCCCUCCAAAAUGUGCCUAUUGCUAGAGCUCCUCCCUCCCAACACCCAGUUCCUUGGGAGUUGUCAUUAAAAGAACAACAACAACAACAACAAAGCCAGUGCCCAGGGAUGGGUCUCUCCAGGGAGCUGGGGAUUAGUGCCAGGCAGUUCAUUGCCAGCCAUGCCCACUUCCCCACGGGCACCAGAACAAGCCAAAGCCUUCGUUGUAUGUUGACGAUGCACUUUUAUGAAUGUAGUUUCUAUCGCUGUUUUUAGCCUUUUCACAUCAUGUAAUGUGAGGCCUUGUACUUGUUAAUUUAUAUCUCAGAUCAUAUUUGAUGGUUUUUAUAUAUAUCAAUUCUAGAUUGUUACAGGUGAUGGACGCCUCGAGAGAGAGAAGAGAAAAUGAAAGCAGCUGGUUUUGCGGGAAUGUGUGUUGCACGGUGCCAGUUGGGCCUUUGCCCCUCUGUUUCCACCCUUUUCUAUCAGGGGCCUGUCAGGCACCUCCAGCCCAGCCCCGUGAAGACAGUGAGCAGUGUGCUCCUGUCUCCACCUCGGCCCUUGCCCAGGGUGGGGACUGGCCCCUCAUCUUGACCAAAGCUGCCAGGUGGCAGCUUGGCCUCUCUGCGACCCCAUCAUGAUGGCUGCAGCACUCUUCUUGGGCCCACACCCCUGUGCCCAGUCCCUGUGCCCCAAGGGGAAGCAAAGCACGGUGCCCGCGCCGCAAGACGACUCCGUGUGUCCCACCCCCCAGGCUCUUACCUCACAGGGAAUGGGUUUUAAAAGUGAAUUUACAAACAAGCCAACAAACGCUGCACUCCAAAAAACAAAAGACCCUGACUUUUUUGUGCCAAAAACUGUGGACAUGCUGGCUCAGCAUCCUCAGGACCAAGCUGUUGCUUAAUUUUAAUUUAUUGUCUUUAUAUUAAUUAACCCAGAUGACAAGUUAUGGGCCUAGGACAGCCUGGGCCCAAAGAUUCUGAAAGGCAGCCCCCUGGCAGCCCCAGGCUUGCUGUGGGAAGGGCCAUGCUGCCAUUUGCUCAUCAUUCCAUGGGCUAUGUCAGCCUUGGCCAGACCUUCACGGAGAGGUCAGGGCUAGGGACAGUCUGCACCCUGCCACCCUCCGGCCCCUCCCGGCCCCCUCACUCUGUGUCUGUGUCUGAAUUGUGGAUCGUGCAGAACAACCUGCAGCCAUAGUUAUUUGACUAUAUCUCGACCGAGGGCUUGCAGUGCAAAGCCAGGCCAGUGUCGCGCAUUACUUACAAUAAAAGGGAUCAUUUAUA